AUGGCGGACGAGAAGCUUGCCAAGCUGCGCGAGGCCGUCGCCGGCCUCGGCCAGAUCAGCGACAACGAGAAGUCCGGGUUCAUCAGCCUCGUCUCCCGCUACCUCAGUGGCGACGAGGAGCACAUCGAGUGGCCCAAGAUCCACACCCCCACCGACGAGGUGGUGGUGCCCUACGACACCAUCGACGCCCCGCCCGAAGACCUGGAGGCGACAAAGGCGCUGCUCAACAAGCUCGCCGUGCUCAAGCUCAACGGUGGACUCGGGACCACCAUGGGAUGCACAGGACCAAAGUCGGUCAUCGAGGUGCGAAACGGGUUCACCUUCCUCGACCUGAUCGUUCUCCAGAUCGAGUCCCUCAACAAGAAGUACGGCAGCAACGUGCCGCUGCUUCUGAUGAACUCCUUCAACACCCAUGACGACACCUUGAAGAUUGUCGAGAAAUACGCCAACUCAAGCAUCGACAUCCACACGUUCAAUCAGAGCCAGUAUCCUCGCGUGGUAGCUGACGAGUUCUUGCCAUGGCCUUCCAAGGGGAAGACUGACAAGGAUGGCUGGUAUCCUCCUGGGCAUGGUGAUAUCUUCCCAUCCCUGAUGAACAGCGGCAAGCUCGAUCUACUUCUCUCACAGGGAAAAGAGUAUGUGUUCAUCGCAAACUCAGAUAACUUGGGUGCUAUAGUGGACAUGAAGAUACUGAACCAUUUGAUCCACAAGCAGAAUGAGUACUGUAUGGAGGUUACCCCGAAAACUUUGGCCGAUGUGAAAGGCGGCACACUGAUCUCCUACGAAGGAAGGGUUCAGCUUCUCGAGAUUGCACAAGUUCCUGAUGCACAUGUGGAUGAGUUCAAAUCAAUUGAGAAAUUCAAGAUCUUCAACACCAACAAUCUAUGGGUGAACUUGAAGGCUAUCAAACGCCUUGUCGAGGCUGAUGCACUCAAGAUGGAGAUCAUUCCAAACCCUAAGGAAGUUGAAGGCGUGAAAGUUCUUCAGUUGGAAACAGCAGCUGGUGCCGCAAUCAGGUUCUUUGACCACGCCAUUGGUAUGAAUGUUCCAAGGUCCCGGUUCCUACCAGUAAAGGCGACAUCAGAUUUGCAGCUAGUACAGUCUGAUCUGUACACCUUGGUUGAUGGCUUCGUUACACGGAAUUCAGCUAGAACAGAUCCAUCAAAUCCCUCGAUUGAGCUAGGCCCUGAGUUCAAGAAGGUUGGGAGCUUCCUCGGUCGCUUCAAAUCGAUUCCAAGUAUUGUUGAGCUCGACAGCUUGAAGGUUUCCGGUGAUGUUUGGUUUGGUUCUGGCAUCGUGCUGAAGGGCAAGGUGACCAUCACAGCAAAACCAGGUGUGAAGCUGGAAAUCCCAGAUGGCAAAGUGAUCGAGAACAAGGACAUCAACGGCGUUGAGGACCUUUGAAUGAGCACCAGAUCGUGCUGUCUUCACAGUGGCGGAUGAAUAUGACCAUUUCUAUAGAAU